GCAAAGUUGGUCGGACGCGGAGCGCUCUCUUGAACCCUUCAUCAUUCAUUUCGCGGCAAUUUUUUAAAAAGAAGUCCCAAUAGACAAUAGAUAAUAGAUCGAACGCAAAGACGCAGAAGAUAACAGUCCAAUAUUACCUAUUACUACCCCCGAGCUAGCUAGCUACCUACCUAUCCUUACCUCCAGUGUUAUCACCAUGGGCCGCCAAGCGUUGGUGUCCCUUGCCUGCCUCUGUGCAGUGCUAUUGCAGGUAUCUGGUCAAGCCCCUCAAGUAGACAACACGCUGCACGACGAUACAUCAUUGUUGACACCUUCGGAGAUCCUCCUCAAGGUGUAUGAUGAAACAAGAGGCAUGCGUUGGGAUAAACACGAUAAUUGGCUACAGAACACGGAUGUUUGCACAUGGUAUGGAAUUACCUGCUACACCGCCACCACAACCAGCGAUCAACGACGCGUCGGUCACAUCCAGAAAUUGGAUCUCUCUUCCAACCGCUUGUUGGGCACACUGCCCACUGUCGUCUUCCAGCUUCCCUACAUUGAGACUAUUGAUGUUCGUGACAACGCUGAUCUUGACGUGACCUUUCUUGGCAUUGCAGAUGCUCAGUAUUUGAAACAAAUUGCCUUUAGCAGCACCAACGUGAAGUCCUUGGAGGGUAUCCAAGCAGCCACUCAGCUGGAACAACUGCACAUUACCAGUCUGGGAUUGACCGGAAGUCUUCCUACUCAAAUCUUCCAGUUGUCCUCUUUGACUGGAUUAUUCGCAAACUACAACAAAUUCUCCGGCUCCAUUGCUUCGGAAAUUGGGACCCUGACUUCUUUGGAAGAGAUUUAUCUGUUUGGCAGCGACCUUUCGGGACAAAUCCCCUCGGAAUUCGGAUUAUUGACCAACCUGCAAGUUGCCACAAUGGCAGAGAACAGCUUCUCGGGAACGUUGCCCACGGAGCUCAACUCCUUAACCUCCCUUCGGACACUGGCCAUUAAUCGAGCAUUGGGAUUGGAGAAAGGAUCGGGAAUAUCCGGCGGCCUGCUUUCCUUUUCCAACCUAAAAGAUAUCACCGAUUUGCGGCUUCAGAAUCAGCGAUUGUCCGGAGAGAUCCCAAGCGACUUUCUCAGUAGCGCACCCAAGCAAGAGGUUGUCAAGGCGGAGCUAAGUGGAAAUGCUAUUACAGGACCUGUUCCCACCAGUCUAAAGAACCUGAAACGGCUCAAUCUGUUCUUGGCAGACAAUCAAAUAUCCGGCGUCCCCGAUGCACUGUGCAGCAGUACCAAUCAUGAAGAGAUUGAGAGCUGGAUGGGAGGCAACGUAGGAUCGUUGGGAUGUGAUGGCUUUCUUUGUCCCCCAGGCUUUACUGCCCCCAACGGAAGAGCCACGGCCGACACUCCGUGCACUGCUUGUGAUGAUGUUUCGACGUGGGGAUCCACUCGCUGUGCUUCCACCCCGACUACAACCUCGUUGGGAUACUCCGAGAGGGAAGUUCUUAUCAAUCUAUACAACAAGAUGGGAGGACGCUACUGGAAGAAUGAUGAUGGAUGGCUGAACCCAGCUGUGGCUAUUUGUGACUGGUUUGGUGUAGAGUGCGUUGACGGAAAAGUGACUGGCUUGGUAAUGAAGAACAACGAUAUGAGCAAUUCCCCACCAGAGGAACUCUUUUCACUUCCAGAACUUGCGCACAUCAACUUUGAGUCGAACGCAAUCGACUUUUUAUUCAAGGGAAUCGGAAGAGCAAAGAAGCUAGAGAGUCUUUUGCUGACAAGUAGCGAUCUGUCUUCACUGGAUGAUAUCGGCGAGCUCAGUCAGACCGCCAUUCGAAAGCUGUACUUGUCAUCCAGUUUUCUGCAUGGAACGCUUCCUUCAUCACUCUUCACAAUUGCAACUCUUGAAGAACUUGAUAUUUCUCACAACCGGCUAGUUGGGUCCAUUCCUGAUUCGAUCGGUAACUUGACCAACCUGGUGUUCCUCUCAUUGGCAAAGAACGGCCUAAGUGGACAGAUCCCGACAACGAUUGGAGGUUGUGGAAAGCUAAAAAAUCUUGUGGGAUCCGACAACGACUUCUCUGGCUCUCUCCCCGAAUCCCUUGGUCUUUUGACUCGUUUGGAGAGCAUCUCAUUGCACCAAACAAACUCUGCCAAUGGAAUUGGAGGUACGCUUCCUGCCUUUCGUAACCUUGGACAGCUGACAUCCCUGCAGCUCGACUCCAAUAAUUUGGAAGGCAACCUACCGGAGGACUUCCUUCGCAACACCGAAAGAGGCGACUCUGAUGAAAUUGAAGUGAGACUAAACGACAACAAAAUCGGAGGAACCGUUCCAGACGCUUGGGCAAGUCGCUUUGCAACCCUCUUCAUCGAUCUUUCCGGCAACCGGAUUUCUGGCAUUGACAGCAGCCUUUGCUCCAGCAACGAAUGGAAUAGAGGAAUGGUUGAAUCAUACUCAUGUGACGGCAUCCUGUGUCCACCCGGCAAGUUCAAUGAAUUUGGAAGGCAAACAGGAAUCCAGGCAGUGUGUCGCUCGUGCUCGCACCCAGGGUCCGUGCAGUACUAUGGAGCCAAGUCGUGCGAUGACAGCGAAAACAUUGCAGUGCAAGAAUCCUCCGAGUUCGGAUACUUGAAGAAGUUUUACGAUUCUACAAACGGCAACAACUGGAAGAAUCGUGGCGGCUGGAUGGUGUCCAGCAAUCCCUGCGACAAUUGGUAUGGCAUUCAGUGUGACAACGAUGGGAAAGUCGUGUCCAUCCAACUCGAAUCCAACGGAUUGACGGGAACGCCUUCUCUCGACAUCUUCAAAUUGCCAAUGCUUGAGUCUUUGAGCCUCAAGGACAAUCAGGUGGCAUUUAGCUUCGAGCACAUCUCUCAAGCAACGAGCCUUACAGUGCUGCAACUCUCUGGAACGAACCUGGAUUCCGUUGCUGGAAUUUCAAAGGCAUCGUCUCUGACGGAGUUGCACCUUACGGACAAUAGUCUCGGCGGAACUUUGUCCACAGAGAUCCUGCAGCUCACAAACUUGCGAAAGCUGUACAUGAAUUUCAAUCAGCUAACUGGUGCAAUUCCUCCAGGAAUCUCGGCUCUCGCAAAUCUUGAAGAGCUCUUUCUUUUCUCCAAUCGUCUCAAUGGCCAGUUACCGGCUUCGAUAGGGCUGCUUACUCAUCUCAAGCGUCUAUCUUUGGCAGAAAACUCGUUCUCCGGGACACUUCCACCCGAGCUCAACGAUCUGUCGAAUCUCGAGGUGCUUUCGAUUCAACGAGAAGGUGGCACAGAAGAUGCCAACGUGGGCAUCAAUCAAGGAACCCACAACGAUGGAGGCCCCGGCAUUUUUGGACCUUUGCCCCCAUUGGACAACCUGAAACAACUCCGAAAGCUCUACCUCGGCUCCAACAGUUUUUCGGGCUCCAUUCCGUAUAAUUUUCUGGACGGCAUCGAAAACAAGGAACUCUCCAUUGAGAUUGAUUUGAUUGGAAAUCAGCUCACCGGUGCUGUCCCGCCAUCGCUCGCCCAGUUCGGUAGCUUGUCCUUGUACCUAGCCGGCAAUAAGAUUAGCACCAUUGCGGAUGGGUUGUGCAAGAAACAGUCGUGGAUGCAAGGAACUGUCGCCAACUUCCAAUGCGAUGCUAUUUUGUGCCCUCCCGGAACCUACAGUUCUCGUGGACGCCAGCAAGAUAGCAGUUCUCCAUGUUCCAACUGUCCGUCUGGCACUCAAGCCGAAUUCUAUGGUAGCUUCACAUGCUUAGGAGAAAGAGAUCAGUUUUCUAUCUCCGAACGCACCAUUCUCGAAGAUUUCUUCAAGGAAACGACUGGGGAUAACUGGAAGGAAAGUGCAGGGUGGUUGAAUUCAGACCAGAGCAUUUGCAACUGGGAUGGUAUCACAUGCGUGGAUGGCCAGGAAAGCGUUUUGUCCAUACUACUGGCUGGAAACGGUUUAGUAGGAUCCGUGCCCCAAGAAGUAUUCCUCCUACCCAAUCUGGAAAAGAUCGAUCUGUCGCAGAAUUCCGUCAACGUAAGCUUCCACGGUGUCGACCAAGCCAGAAAGCUUGAGUACUUGCAGCUUGACGGAAGCAACAUUCAAUCGCUUGCUGGACUUGAAGCGGCAACCAACCUCAAAUUGUUGCAUCUCGCGAACAACAAGUUCCCGGGUGUGGAUUUUGCCUUUGUGGUUACUUCAUUGACGUCAUUGGAGUCUCUGGAUGCUUCAGGGAAUGAUGUGAGAGUGCUCCCAUCCUUGGGAGGCCAUACGAGCCUCAGCUACUUGGCAUGUGCGAAUUGUGGCUUGACCGGGACAGUCCCAGCCUGGCUCACGACACUCACAAACCUUCGGUAUAUUCAUUUCGAAGGCAACUUGUUUUCUGGAGGGCUUCCUGUUGAUAUGUCAAGCCUUUCGAACCUGAAGCUCCUCGACUUUGCUGACCAAGUGUCUGCCGGAGGACCGGGGCUUCGGGGAAGCCUCCCUGACUUUGCAGGCAUGACCAAUCUCCAAGAUCUGCACCUCCAAUUCAACAACUUCACCGGCUCCAUUCCAACAACGUUCCUGCAAGAUGUGAAUGUCGAAGGAACUGUCACAGUUGACCUCGUUGGCAACUUUAUCACUGGAGAAAUUCCUCAAAGUCUCAGCCAUAUCCAGGAUAUGAACCUGUAUCUUGCGGCGAACGAAAUUGAUAGUAUCCCCCAAGAGAUUUGUUCAACCUCGUGGAAUGAAAAAGACGGAUCUGCUUCGGGCUGUGACCACAUUCUUUGCGCAAAAGGCACCUUUAACGCGAUUGGCCGCGCAACUCCAAAGAUCCCCUGCGAAGCUUGUUCCGAAGAUGGCUAUGCUGUGCACUUUGGAAGUACACAAUGUGGCCGUUCAUUUGAAAAGAACAUUGUUCAAAAAUUGUUUGGAUUGGGAGGUCAUGCAUGGACUCAAUCCGAAGGCUGGCAGGACCAUGCCGACCACUGCUCCUGGUACGGAGUUCAGUGCUACAAUGGAGGUUUCCGUGAUGGCUACGUCGAAAAGAUCGUUCUCGGCGAGAACAACUUGGUUGGCACCCUUUCUGAGGACGUCUGGAACCUGGUGCACCUGAAGGAAUUAGAUCUCCGGAAAAACGCAGUGGUAGUCACAUUUGACGGCAUCGGGAACGCAAAUAGCCUCGAGUCGUUGCAACUGUCUGAGACCAAGGUUUCCACAAUGGCUGGAAUCAGUGCUGCUCCCAAUUUGCAGUAUCUUCACGUCACCAACUGCGAAGUAUCUGGAAACAUUCCUGACGAGUUGUUCGAAAUGACACAACUCAAGGCCCUUUACUUGAACUACAAUGAUUUCGCCGCGACGGUGCCAGCAGCAAUCGGGCAGUUGUCGCAGCUGCAGGAACUAUACUUGUUCCACAAUUCUCUAACCGGAACACUCCCCAGCGAGCUAGGUUUGCUCGAAAGUGUUGAAAUCCUUAGCUUGGGCGAAAACCAUUUCACGGGUACACUACCACAAGAGCUAAACUCGCUGCAGGAGCUACGUGUUCUUGCUUUGCAACGCGAGGAGCGACAGCAAGACCUGUCUACUCAAUCGUUCUUUGUGGUCGUAGAAGACAUUGGACUCACAGGGAACCUAAUCUCGUUCAACAACACCCCCAAGCUACGCGAGUUGUACUUGAGUGAGAACCAUCUCCAAGGAGACAUACCGAAUGACUUCCUUUUGGCUGUUGGUGAUACCAGCGCUACGCUUCGAGUGGAUCUUUCAUCGAACAUCUUUCACGGGACAAUUCCAAUUUCUCUCGCACGAUUUGACGACUUGAGGCUGGAUAUUACGGGAAAUAAUCUGAGAGAUAUCCCCAACGAGAUUUGCGCUCAGACGUCUUGGUUUGACGGCGAACUUGCAUCGGGUUGUGAUGCUUUUUUGUGUCCGCCGGGAACCUUCAACGAGUACGGACGUCGCAUUGGUGCAACCCAAUGUGAAACUUGCAACUUCCGUGGCUCGGCUGGUUUCUACGGUAGUCGCUUCUGCGGUGCACUGUAUCCUCAAGGAAUGACGGAAGCUUACAUGCUGCAACAGGUUUACACAGCUGUUGGGGGCCUUGGCUGGGACAAUUCGGACAAUUGGCUGAGUGAGGAUGUCUCAGUCUGCGGAUGGUACGGUGUCACAUGUGACAACAUCGACGGCCAAGAUGUGGUGACCGGACUGUCGCUCGCCAACAACAACUUGGCAGGGCUGGUUCCUUCUAUUGUUUUCUAUCUUCCGCACCUCAAGAAGCUGGACCUUGGCCGCAACCCUAUCUGGGUCAAAUUUGAUGACAUUCAGUAUUCUGUGCUAGAAGAUCUCUCUCUUGACGAGACAAACUUGGCUUCGCUGGAGGGAAUUUCCAAGGCAUCCAACCUCAGGACGCUCCGUUUGCAGAAGAACCAACUCUCGGGCACCAUCCCAGACGAGCUAUACACUCUGGUCAACCUUACGGUUCUAGAGCUCUCGAACUGUGGGAUAAAUUCACAGCUUUCCGAAGACAUUGGAAAUCUUCAGAACCUGGUGACACUUCUCUUGGACCGUAAUUACCUAUUUGGGCAGCUCCCACGAAGCCUCGGUAGUUUGACCCGCCUACAUGAUCUCUUUUUGUCUGACAACAAUUUUUGGGGAACUCUGCCAACAGAAAUGAACAACAUGGUUUCUCUGGAGUCGAUCUUCUUGGAUUCAUACAACAGAGAUGGUGCGGGAGUGAGCGGAACGAUCCUGUCCUUCUCAAAGAUGCCCAAACUGCGGUCACUUCAUUUGGGCGGCAACUCCUUCACUGGGUUCAUCCCGCACGACUUGUUUGGAGGUGUGGACAAAUUCUCCGAUAUCGUAGAGAUUGACUUGGCAUCCAACCAUCUCACAGGAAGCAUUCCAGCAGGCCUCUUCUCCUUCGAAAAACUCAAUCUGGACCUCACUGACAAUUACAUUGCAUCAUUGGAUAGCAGCUUUUGCUCAAAGUCUUCUUGGCAGCAAGGAAUGGUUGGUCAGUUUGGGUGCGACGCCAUCCUGUGUCCCGCUGGAACUUACAAUUCGAAUGGACGGCAGUCUUCUGCGGACACUCCAUGCAUCCAAUGUUCAGGUGACUCGGUGCCUCCGUACGUGGGGCGGACGUCUUGUCUGAGCGAUGAAAAGGCAAAAGAGCGACAAAUUCUGGUGAUGUUGUACAAUGCCACUAACGGUCACAACUGGAAGAACAACUAUGCGUGGCUGGACCCCAACAAGGACUACUGUGAUUGGUAUGGUAUCACCUGUGUCGACUCUACUGUCAACUCGAUCUUGCUGGGCAGCAAUAACUUGUCUGGACGAAUCCCCGAAGACAUUUUCCAGCUAUGGAAUCUUCGAGUUCUUUGGUUGUACUCGAAUCCCAUUGACUUUCGCUUUGAUGGCAUCCGAAAAGCAUCCCGACUAGUUGACCUUCGCCUUGAUUCCACUGGACUCAAGUCCCUGGACGGCCUUGAGAAUGCUUUGGCAUUGCACGAAGUCGAUUUUCGUUUCAAUCGGCUGGAAGGGGAGCUGCCCGACUUGGCGGGGCUCAGCGACCUCAAGACGUUUUCAUGUUCGGCAAACAGGCUGAGUGGACCACUUCCCUCCUUCGCCACGAACACCGAGUUGGUAUCGUUGCGAGCAGCCGGCAAUGCCUUUUCCGGGUCGCUCCCAGCCUUUGACCGGCAUCCUUCGCUAUCUGCACUGGAUGUCUCUGCCAACGAUUUUUCUGGUUCUAUCCCCCAUAAGCUUCUUGAUCUUGCCGACACCACGGCGAGUAUCUUCUUGGACCUGUCAUCGAACGAUUUCACAGGUUCUGUUCCAAAGGAGUUGGAACGUUUCUCGGACCUUACACUCUACCUUCGAGACAAUUAUAUUGAUUCCAUCCCAGCAUCACUUUGCUCCAUGCAUAAUUGGAACCAAGCAGAUGUUGGGUUGGAUGGCUGCGAUGCCAUUCUAUGCCCACCGCAGACGUUUGCGGCGAUUACAGGUCGAUCAUCAAGGAGUGGUUCCAAAUGUGAGCCCUGUGAAGCUGCCCAAUACUAUGGCUCCACUAGCUGCAGAAGCACCACCGAGAUUGCCUCUGAUAGCAGUGCUACCUCAUCGAUGAUGGCUCCAUAUUCCACCUUUGGAGGUUUCCUUCUCUCGGCUAUGUCUGUCAUAGUCUGUUCUCUUUUCUUUUAAUUAAUGCACUCACUCAUGCUCAUGAUUGCAGCAUCAUUUAUGAUAUCGUAAAACCCAUUUACUUUAGAAAUUAUACAUCAUGCUUAUGCAAGACUCUCUCUACCUAAGCUGGUAGUCUUGGUGGCUUUGGAGAAAUAGCUUCCUCUUCAUCGGCUUGGCAGCCUAGCUAGCUACUAGGACUCCCAAUCCAAUCCACGCAAUACUAGACUAAUGCCUUGGUGCCGUUCGGGAAAAGGAGACUGUCAAUGGAUCCAUUCGAUUCGAUUCGAGCCACGGUUCAAUCCCGCACACUGACAGGG